AAAUAUGUUUUAAAUAUAAACAAACACAAAAAUAUAAAAUUCAAAUUAAUUACUCAAUAUGGCGCCAAUUUAACAAAAGUGCAAAAGUGUACUUUGGAAUGGAAUUAUUCUAUAUAUUUUGCUAUAUUUACAAAUUAAAUUAUUAUUAUUGUUGUUAUUUAAUUUAUUCUGAUGAUCAUUGAUCAUUGAUAAUGAUAGUUCAAAGUGUUACAACAACAAAGUAUCAAGAUAAUCAACAUAAUCAGCAAUAAAUUAAAAAUAUAAAUUAAAUUUCAAGUAACAAGCUGACUGACAAGCAAAUGAACAUGUUGGAUGAAAAAAAAGAAUUUGAAUUAGCAGUACCAUGGGGUCAAAUAUCGGCAAUUGCUUGGGGCUCAUCACAAGACAAACCAGUUCUAGUUGUUCAUGGUACAAUGGACAAUGCUGGUUCAUUUACACGACUAAUAAAACAUUUACCAAAAAAUUAUUAUUACGUUGCUAUUGAUUUACCAGGUCAUGGAAAAUCAUCUCACUAUCCACAAGGAACAAAUUUAGAUUUUUUUAAUUAUGUUCUAUCAGUACGUUAUGUUAUUGAACAAUUAAAAUGGACUAAAUGUUUUUACAUUGGUCAUAGUUUUGGUGGACAACUUGGUAUUAUGUUAUCAAUAUUUCAUCCAGGAAUAAUUGAAAGAAUCAUAACAAUUGAUGCACUUGUAUCAAAAAUAGCUGAUGAUAAUUUACUCCCUGAAAGAAUUAAAUUCAUUCAAGAAGCAACAAUAUUUACAAUGAACAAAAAACAGCCAACAUUAUAUACAAAAGAACAAAUUUUAAAUGCAUUAUUAAAUCGUCGUGAUUUUAAAUUAAAUAUUCAUGCUGCUGAAGCAUUAUUUGAUCGUGCAACAACAAAAAUUGAUAAUUUAUAUAAAUUAAAUCGUGAUCCACGUAUGAGAGCAAGUGUAACAACAUUAUUUAAUUUUCAACAAUUAUCAAGUAUAUUAAAAAAACUUGAAAUACCAACACUUCUUAUUGUUGCUAAAGAAUCAUGGUAUGAUCUUUGGAAUGAACGUGAUGUACUUGUUAAUUAUCAGAAAUUAUUGGGUAACAAAUUAACAACUAUUCAUGUUGAGGGUAAUCAUGAUGUACAUAAUAAUAAUCCUGAAAUUGUUGCACCACAUGUAACAAAAUUUUUUAAUGAUGCCAAAAGUUUGUUAAAAAUAAAAAUGUUGAUAAUACGUGAGAAAAAAGAAUUAACAUUUACAGUACCUUGGGGUAAAAUUAGUGGUGUUGCCUGGGGUAAUGAUCAGCAUCAACGUGUACUUUUGGUACAUGGUACAAUGGACAAUGCAGAUUCAUUUGCAAGAUUAAUUCAACGUCUUCCUGGUGAUUAUUAUUUUGUUGCUAUUGAUUUACCAGGUCAUGGUAAAUCAUCACAUUAUCCACAAGGAUUAAAUUUGGAUUUUUACAAUUACGUUCUGGCUGUUCGAUUUGUGCUGGAUCAAUUAAAUUGGAGCAGCUGUAUUUACAUUGGUCAUAGUUUUGGUGGUGUUAUUGGAAUAAUGUUUUCAAUAAUAUUUCCUAAUUAUUUACAGCGUAUUGUAUCAAUUGAUAUAUUAUUUUCAAAAAUAAUACCAAAUGAUAAACUUGUUGAAAGAAUAAAACUUGUAAAUAAUGAUACAAUAUUUUACAUGAAAAAAAAUACAUCAAAUUUAUUAACAAAAGAACAGAUAAUAGAUGCAUUUAAAAAUAAAAGAAUUUUUAGUCUAAAUGAUGAAGCAGCUGAUGCAAUAUUUGAUCGUGCAACAACUAAAAUUACUGAUGAUAAAUAUAAAUUAAAUCGUGACAGUAGAUUACGACCACUUGUAUUACCAUUUACAAAUUUAAAUCAAACACUUGAAUUUGCUGAUAAAAUUAAUGUACCAAUACUUUUAAUAUUAGCUAAAAAUUCAUGGUUUGAUUAUUCAAAUGAACGUGAUGUUUUAAAAUUGUAUCAAGAUAAAUUAGGUAAUCAUUUGACAACCAUUGAAGUUGAUGGCAAUCAUGACGUUCACAACAAUAAUCCAGAUCUGGUUGCUCCAUUUAUAUUAAAAUUUCUAAUUAAAAACAAACUGUAA